AUGGCUGGAAAACCGCCCAUGACACUACACAUGAUGGUGCACAGAAACCCAGGAACGUACAUAAGCAUAAAAAGAGAUGAGCAGAAUAGAUUUGCUUACAUGUUCUUUGAUCCUGCGGUAUCAAUAGCUGGUUGGUCCUACUGUAGACCCAUUAUUGCAGUAGAUGCAAUGGUUUUAAAGUCAAAAUAUCAUGGUGUUCUAUUUGUUGUUGUAUCAAAGGAUGCAAACAAUCAAAUCUUUCAUCUAUCUUUUAGUGUAGCAGAUCCAGAAAAUAAUGAGGCAUACAUUUCGUUCUUCGGGGAAAUGAGAAAAGCAAUUCAAGUCCGUCGUGAACUGGUUUUCUUGUCAUAUAGAAACCAAUCGAUCACAAAUGGGAUUAGAAACGUUUAUCCUGAAGCUCACCAUGGUAUCUGCCUCUAUCACUUUGAGAAAAAUUUAAAGCAAAGACAUGCAAAAGCCACGGUAAUAAAUCCUUUUCAAAGUGCUGCAAGGUCAUACAAGCUUGAAGUUUUUAAUCAGUUAAUGUCCCAACUCAAAAGUGUUGACAAGAAAACAUACAUUUACAUAAUGGAAGAGCCUCCAGAGAGAUGGGCUCAAUCGUGGUUCCCACGGCGACGUUAUGAUAUGCUAACAAAAAACAUGGUAGAAUCAAUCAAUUCCGUUUUACUAAAAGUGUCCAACCUUGAUUUAAUGUUGUUUAAAAUAAAUAGUGAAGGAAUCAAAUUCAUUGUGGAUUUAAAGAAGAGAACUUGUGACUGCUUAGAAUUCCAACUUGAUGAAUUGCCCUGUCCACAUGCAAUUGCUGCUAUUAAUAAGAGAUAUUUUCAGAAAUCUGUUUAUUUCUCAAAAUGGUAUUCAAAGGAAACGUGGUUCAAAACAUAUGAAGGACAUGUGAAUAUUGUGGGAGAUCAAAAAUCAUGGGAUAUUCCACAAACUGUAGAAUCUGAGAUCACAAAACAUCCCGAUGUAGAGAUUUUACAAGGAAGAAGACAAAAGAAGAGGCAUAUCCCUGUGACUGAAUCAGUACAAUUGAAGUCUACCAAAUGCAGUCGAUGUAAACAAGUUGGGCAUAAUAGAACAACUUGCUUGCCUUCUCCAGCACCUCAUCCAUAUUUCAAGAAACACACUGAAAAAUACUCCAACAUUCAAUAA